UAGAGAGAGAGAGAGAGAAAGCUCCAGCUUAAGCCCAGCAGCCAGUGCCGCUGGUGCAGUCUCGGCCUGGCUUCCAGCCGGUGCUUAUCGCUCUUUUCUCGCUUCGACUGUGCUCCCGCGAGGUCAGCGUAUAUUCGCGCACAGCAGCACACGCACCUACUGUAGUAUACAUACACAUAUAGACGAGAUGUGUCUGUGGGGGCUGCUGGCACGAGUCGCAGCAGUGCAGCCGCUGAAUUCAUGUGCGCUCUAACGUGACCUAGCUCCGAUAUAAUAUCGCUGCGUAGGCGUUUAUCGGCGAGCGCGUGUGCUCUCAGCCGACCUGUCUGCGUUAGCUCAGUGUCUCUCUCUCUCUCUCUCUCUUUCUUUUCUCAGUGGAUGCGUGCGUGCGUGUGACUAAUUUUCGUACUUCGAUCCCCUCGUGGACCAGUUUUCCCCUUCCUCGCGAUUUCUUUUUUCCUUUUCUUUGUACAGCACAAUGUACUUGGCCGAGUGAUAUCGAUUCUCGACGACGACUCGACUCGACUCGCCAAUUCGGAUAAUGUACGUGCGUGCGGGCACGAGCUGAGUAGCAGCAGCAGCAGCAGCCGAGAAGCCGAGUGCGAUUGCCGCCGCAUCGUGCAUUAUAGCUGCAAGAGGCCGCCAAGCUGCGACCGAGGGAUCGCCGUCGAUGGGACUGGAUCGAGGAUAAUGGGCUUGACGGUGCUAGUCGACGUCUUGCUCGUGCUCAUGCUACUGCAACAGCGACGCUUACUCGCCGAGCCCGUGAAUCACAAAAGAACGGGAGGCUCGAGCCUGGCCAGCCUGGUGAUGUCGGGCAGCAGCGCAUCCGGCAGCAGCAUCAGCAAAGCCAAAUCGUCCUGGGACAAGCCGUACUUCGACGACGUGUCGCCGCGCAACGUCACGACGGUCGUCGGCCAGACAGCCGAGCUCAGCUGCCACGUUAAGCAUCCAGCGGAUCGCACGGUGUCGUGGAUGCGGAAGCGAGACCUGCACAUACUGACCUCGUCGAUCUACACGUUCACGGGGGACGGCCGCUUCAGCGUGCUGCAUCCCGAGACGACCGACGAGUGGCGACUGAGGAUCGCCUACGUGCAGCCCCGGGACGCCGGCAUCUACGAGUGCCAGAUCAACACCGAGCCCAAGCUCAUGCUGCCCUUCCUGCUGCGAGUAGAAGACAGAGCCCUUGUCCUUACUGCUACCACCACCACCAUCACCAUCACCACUAUCUCACCAAUUCACCGGACCUUCGGAUCAGCGGCGCAAGCGAAAAUUCGCGAGCCCGAGGACGUUUACGUGAAGAAGGGCAGCACCAUCAGCCUCACGUGCGUCGUCAACGUGCACAGCACGCCGCCCAGCAGCGUCUCCUGGCAUCACGGCGCCUCCCUCGUAGACUUCGAUAGUCCAAGGGGCGGAAUAUCCUUGGAGACGGAGAAAACGGAGAGCGGCACCACGAGCAAACUUCUGGUUACGCAGGCCCGACUGAGCGACAGCGGCAACUACACCUGCAUACCCAGCAACGCCAAUCCUGCCAGCGUCACGGUUCACGUUCUCAAUGGUGAGCAUCCGGCGGCCAUGCAGCACGGCGGAACUGCCAUGAGCUCGGCUGCUCCCUUGAUUUUGCUCUCGAUGCUGACCAGCCUCGUCUUCAACAACGACUCGCUGAGCUGAGGGCCUUUGCUCUGAGCCCAAGAGCUCGACUUUCGGGGCCUAUACAUAAUGUAAUAGUCAAGUAAGCGCAAAUCAAAAUCACCAAGCCGAAGCAGUGACUACCAACCUGUACAUAUUACGUAUAAAUAUAUAGAAAAAAAAAAGAUAUUGGUAAUCGUUGAAAAUUAGCUGCCGCGACCGACUGUACAUUCUACGCAUGCGGCGUAUAUCGAUCUGUUAUACGAGCUCGGGCUGCUUCAGCAGUUGCCUCGUGCGCUCACAAGAACGAAGCUGCAUCCUUUCCCGGAGACAGCUCGAGCUCCGCGCACGAUCGCGCGUGAUCCUGUAAAUAAGAAAAGAACAUUUCGUCUCGUGCAGCCAGCUAAUGCAGUUGCAGCUCGGCCAAAGUCGAAGCCUCGUAACGUAUGCGGCAGCCGUGCCUGCAGCGUCUUUAACGAUCCACAGCGCAUCCCGCAGCAAACCAAUAUACAAAAUGACAAUUUCGUUCGAUAAAUUUGUAAGAUUCGUUAGUACUUGCGAUGUAUAUAAAACAUGUUGAAACUUAUAUCGUAUAAAUAAAUAUAUGAAAACCAAUUAAAUAAUUGCGCAAUCGGGCGGGACUUUUUUUUCGUUGCGAUCGGAUACGAUACCUGCCAAAUUUAUUCAGCAAAAUGUUCCAUUAUACGUAACGAGUUGAGCGAGUUCAUUGAAAGCUUUUAGAAAUAUUUUUACGAGCCGGACAAAGGAGACUUUGGGCGCUAUCGCACGUGUACAGUUGACAAGCAGAACGCGAAUAAAUAACAGGAAAGUACUCGUAGGAAGCAAAGAAACUCAAUACAUCAUCCUAGUUGAUUUAAUAAAAUAUAUAAUAAAGGGAUCAAAUGAUGACACGAUUCGUGUGUACGUACGAUACAAUGAUUUAUUAAUAAUAAUGAUAUAUGGAAGAUGCAAAACGCACAUUUUAUUCGUUCGACAAGCCGGCGACGAUAUAUCACACCCAGUAAAGUAAAUUUUCAUUUUUUGUACCAACAGAAUACAUCAAUAAAAGUACAUUGUUACAAUGAUAUAA